AGAAUACAAAGAUAAAGAGGGUGGAAAGCCAGGAACCAAUCCACUUACCUCCACACUCCAGAGUUCAAAUGGAGAACCAAGAUCUUUUUCCUUUCCUUUUGACAUUUCUCUUCAUAGUCAUAGCCUAUAUGUUAUGGAGAAAAAGCAGAAGCAGUAGUGAUAACAGUUCAAAUCUACCCCCAGGGCCAUGGAAAUUCCCUCUGAUAGGAAACCUCAACCUUUUUGUUGGCACCGUUGCUCAUCACCGUUUUAGUGAUUUGGCCAAGAAAUUUGGCCCCAUCAUGCACCUGCAACUCGGCCAAGUACCCUAUAUUGUCAUCUCAUCGCCAGAAGCUGCAAGAGAAGUGAUGAAAGUCAAUGAUCUCAGUUUAGCUGACAGGCCACAAUUCCAUUCUGCAAAGUUCAUAACUUACAAUUUUAAGGACAUUGCGUUCUCGUCAUAUGGGGACUACUGGCGACAGUUGAAAAAAAUUUGCAUGCUGGAGCUGUUGAGUCAGAGGCGAGUGCAGUCGUUUCGAUCAAUCAGGGAAGAAGAGAUGAGAAAUGUUGUUGGAGACAUUACAUCAAAAGCUGGAUCUGUAAUCAACCUUAGGGAGAUAUUGUUUUCUUCAGGACUUGCCAUCAUGUCUAGGGCAGCCUUUGGCGGGAUAUGUAAGCACCGAGAAGAGUUCAAGCACCUUAUUCCGGAAAUAGUGACAGCCUUUGGAGGAUUGAGUGUUGCCGACUUGUUCCCGUCCAUCAAAUUGUUCCAAAUGAUCCUUGAAAUGAGGCCUAAAUUCAAGAAGAUGCAUCAAAAACUAGAUGAGAUUCUUGAAAACAUCAUCAUGGAACAUCGAGCUGAGAAAGCAAUUGAAAGAACUGGCGAGGCUGAGCCUGAUGAUCUUGUGUACGUUCUGUUGAAUCUUCAGGAUAAUGGAGAGCUUGAACUUCCAUUAACAACGACCAAUAUCAAAGCCAUUAUCUUGGAUGUAUUCACUGGUGGGGGCGAGUCAUCGUCUACAAUUAUUGAAUGGGCUAUGUCAGAAAUGCUGAAGAACCCCAGGAUAAUGGAAAAGGCACAAGCAGAGGUGAGACAUGUCUUUGCUAGCAAAGGCUAUGUUGAAGAAGCAGGCAUCCAUGAACUAAAGUACCUUAGCCUAGUUAUGAAAGAAACACUAAGAUUUCACCCUUCUCUUCCUUUGUUGGUUCCAAGAGAAAGCAGAGAGCCAGUAAAGAUUAGCGGAUAUGAGAUUCCUGCUAAAUACAGAGUCAUAGUCAAUGCUUGGGCCAUUGGAAGGGAUCCACAGUGUUGGCCUGAAGCUGAAACGUUCUGUCCAGAAAGGUUUUUGGAUUGUGCAAUUGACUAUAAAGGCCUUAACUUUGAAUUUACACCAUUUGGUUCGGGAAGACGGAUGUGUCCUGGAAUUUCAUUUAGCAUGGCAACAAUUGAAAUAACGCUUGCAAAUCUACUCUUCCAUUUUGAUUGGAAACUUCCUGGUGGAAAGACUCCUGAAGAUCUAGAUAUGACUGAAGUUUUCAGCAAUGUAGCCAGAAGGAAAGAUGAGCUGUGCUUAGUUCCCAUUCCUUAUCAUCCCACGCCUUAGUUCAUCUUCUUGUUGUAACAAAUGGCAUCCUCUUCCACUGUUCUCCUAGUAUGCUUGUACUUGUUUUCUCUGAGUUCUUUUGAGAAAUAAAAAGAGACAUCUUUG